UCUCUCCCCUGGCAGUCAGGGCUGGGUGUCGGGGGGGAGUCAUUAAUUCCCCCAGGCAGUUGUUCUAAGUCUUGCGGGGGCGCGAGCUCAGGGUCUUGGUCCAAAUCCCAGUUUGCGGGACUCGCAGCUGGGGCACCUCUGACCCCGUCCCGCGCCCAGCUGGGGUUUGAUUUGUGGCCGGGAUUCUCCUUCGCUGCCUGCCCGAAACCCCAGAGCCGGCUGGUCUCCGCGCUGGGGAGCUGUCCCCAUGCAGCGUUCCAGGCGGCUGCUCCCUACCCCAGAGCCGGCUGGUCUCCGCGCCGGGGAGCUGUCCCCAUGCAGCGUUCCAGGCGGCCGCUCCCUACCCCAGAGGCGGCUGCGUCUCCGCGCCGGGGAGCUGUCCCCAUGCAGCGUUCCAGGCGGCUGCUCCCUACCCCAGAGGCGGCUGCAUCUCCGCGCUGGGGAGCUGUCCCCAUGCAGCGUUCCAGGCGGCCGCUCCCUACCCCAGAGCCGGCUGCAUCUCCGCACUGGGGAGCUGUCCCCAUGCAGCGUUCCAGGCGGCUGCUCCCUACCCCAGAGCCGGCUGCGUCUCCGCGCCGGGGAGCUGUCCCCAUGCAGCGUUCCAGGCAGCUGCUCCCUACCCCAGAGGCGGCUGGUCUCCGCGCCGGGGAGCUGUCCCCAUGCAGCGUUCCAGGCAGCUGCUCCCUACCCCAGAGGCGGCUGGUCUCCGCGCCGGGGAGCUGUCCCCAUGCAGCGUUCCAGGCAGCUGCUCCCUACCCCAGAGCCGGCUGCAUCUCCGCACUGGGGAGCUGUCCCCAUGCAGCGUUCCAGGCGGCUGCUCCCUACCCCAGAGGCGGCUGCGUCUCCGCGCCGGGGAGCUGUCCCCAUGCAGCGUUCCAGGCGGCUGCUCCCUACCCCAGAGCCGGCUGCGUCUCCGCGCCGGGGAGCUGUCCCCAUGCAGCGUUCUAGGCGGCCGCUCCCUACCCCAGAGGCGGCUGGUCUCCGCGCCGGGGAGCUGUCCCCAUGCAGCGUUCCAGGCGGCUGCUCCCUACCCCAGAGGCGGCUGGUCUCCGCGCCGGGGAGCUGUCCCCAUGCAGCGUUCCAGGCGGCUGCUCCCUACCCCAGAGGCGGCUGGUCUCCGCGCCGGGGAGCUGUCCCCAUGCAGCGUUCCAGGCGGCUGCUCCCUACCCCAGAGCCGGCUGCGUCUCCGCGCCGGGGAGCUGUCCCCAUGCAGCGUUCUAGGCGGCCGCUCCCUACCCCAGAGGCGGCUGGUCUCCGCGCCGGGGAGCUGUCCCCAUGCAGCGUUCCAGGCGGCUGCUCCCUACCCCAGAGGCGGCUGGUCUCCGCGCUGGGCAAGCCCUCCCGUGUUGGCCGCGCUCCGAGGAAAGGCGUGUGAUGCUCUUGUGCUGAAUGCCCUGGUUCUCCUGCUUGCUGGAUUCUUUCCUCUGUCGGCGCCUGGCCUGGGAAAUCCGCGUUUCUCCCUGCGUCUGGAGUCCGUGUCCCCUCUGGUCUAUUCUCUGCCCUUAUCCCCGGGGUGGAGGGGGGCAGUCUCCCGCCCCCACCGGUCUGUGUCCCCCGGGCUCUGGCACGCUCAGCCCUCCCCUUAUCCCAGCCACUGGGGACUCCCCCGUUAGCUGGCGCCCGCACCCCUCACUUGCUGUCUGGGCGUUCCCGAUCCUCUCCAGUGCUGUGGGGUGUGCCGUAGCUGAGGGCGGGUUCCCAGUGUCAGUGCGACUUGGGUUCCUUCCCUGUCCUCGGAGAUGCCGGAGUUAACUAGCCCUGGUCAAGCGCAGCAGGGUGGGGGCUGGUCUGCCGUCCGCGGGCCGGUGGCGGGUAGUUCCCCAGGCCGAGCGUCUUUCCUCUCCUGCU